GGUACUUAACUUUAUAUUCUGCUGAUCUCUGAACUAAUUCUGUGAUUCUUUUAAAACUCUUGAGUGUAGUGCGUAGAGUACCAUAAAGCAUGAUCUAAAGACUUAUCUGUGGACUGAGUAAUUCUUGCUAUUUUACAGCUAAGACAUCAACUAAUACUAUAUCAAAACUUCUUAAGAACACGGGUAUACAACAUUCGUAUACACCUCAUUUUUAAAAAAAGAAUUGUGCCAAGAUGUCUGUCAAAUUAAUUGGUAGAGCUACAAAUUUGUAUGGUAAGACACUCUGGGAAAUUUUAGGCAAUCUGAGAACCACUGGAGUUGGUCGUCUAGUAACUAGGAACUCCUAUGAUCGAUACGAAGAACCUUGCUUUUUCAAAAUCUUGUCAGUCGAACCCACUGCACAAAUAGAAGAUAAAGCAAGGAAAAUAAUUGUUCACGCAGAGAAAAUAUUUAGAGGUAAAGUUUACAAAGAACCUGUUGAAAUAUACAGUGUAUCAUACAAACCUGAUUAUCGACUAAUACCCAAAGACGAAGAACAGUUGUGGUGGGAUCGAUUGGCCAAUUGCAAACCACGAGAGAAGAUUGUGCCUGGAUCUAUUGAGCUACCGCCUCUUAUGAAAUUGAUAUUAGAACGAGACAAUAAAGAUUCUAAUAUUAAAUUGCAAUUAAAAAUAAGAGGUGGACGAGAUAAUGUUGCUCAAUCAGAUAUAACAAAAGUUGCAUCAUACAGUCCGAGUUUUUUCAAAAAUCAACAAAGUAGUUAAUAAUUAAUAUGUCUUGUAUU